AUGACGCAAGUGCUGAUUGAUUCUGGAAGCAACAAGAACAUAAUUGACGAUACGACUUGGAAGCGUAUGAAGGUACAAGGAAUCGAAAUUCGAAAUGCUACCAAGCAGGUCGACAAGCAGUUCAGGGGAUAUGGCAAAGACGCACAACCACUCAGCGUCAUUGGAAUGUUUGAUUCUACAGUCGAAAUCCAGAAUGAGAAUCAACAGAUGCAGGCUGAAGCACGAUUCUACGUCGUCGCAAAUGGAAACCAGCCGCUGCUCGGGAAGGAAACCGCCCAGGAGCUCAACGUACUAAGGCUUGGGCUGCCGGGUCAAGAUGACCGGACCUGGAUGAUUGAGAACAAUAGCCCGUUCCCCAAACUGAAGGGAAUUAAGCUCCGCAUUUCGGUUGAUGGCUCGGUAACUCCCGUCGCUCAGCCAGCAAGACGACCACCCCUUGCUCUGCUGAGUCGCAUUGAGGAGAAGCUGAACCAACUGGAAUCUACGGACAUAAUCGAGAAGGUAGAGCAGUACAGCGACUGGGUUUCACCCUUGGUGGUGGUGGUUAAAGAUAAUGGCGACUUGAGACUGUGUGUUGAUAUGCGCCAGGCGAACCGUGCGAUCAAGCGGGAACACUUUGUCAUGCCGACAGUUGACGAUAUCUUGCCUCGGAUGAACGCAGCAAAUUUUUUCACCCGGCUGGACGUCAAGGACGCGUUCCACCAGAUUGAGCUGGAGGAAACGUCACGCUCGAUUACUACCUUUAUUACGCACCGCGGCAUGUACCGAUACAAACGACUAAUGUUCGGGAUCAGCUGUGCCCCGGAACAAUACCAGAAAAUCAUGGGACAGCUACUGGCGGGGUGCGACAACUGUGUGCAUUACAUCGAUGACAUCAUUGUGUUUGGACGCACAGAAGAAGAACACGAUCGUUGUGUGGAAAAGGUGCUAACCGUACUAAAGAGCCGUAACGUUCUGCUGAAUCUCAAGAAAUGUUUGUUCAAAGUGACUGAGCUCGAUUUCCUUGGUCAUCACAUUUCGGACAAAGGCAUACGACCAGCUGACGAUAAGGUGCGAGCGAUUCGAGCCUUCAGAUCUCCGCGAAAUGUCGAAGAACUUAGGAGUUUCCUGGGACUAGUCACUUACGUCGGAAGAUUCUUGCCGGGUCUUGGGACAAUUUCGGCUCCGCUGCGAAAGCUUACUCAACGAGACGUUAGCUUCAGCUGGGAAAAUCAGCACGAGCAGGCUUUCUUGAGGUGGAUUUUCAUAUUUUUCAUGUAUUUCUUGGCAUGCUUAAAAUUUCAAUUACAGGUUGAAAACGAUGAUUUCGGACGUCAAGAACUUGAGUUUUUGACAACUCCUUCGUACAAGAGUCGUCGCGGAUGCAUCUCCGCAAUUUUCUCACCAACAUCACGCCCAUGCUUGAGGAUCGAACGAUGGAUUCUUCGUCUACAAUCGUUCAGGUUCCGAGUUGUCUACCGGAAAGGGUCAUCUAACAUUGCUGACUCUUUGUCGAGGCUAACCGUGCAUUCCAAUGACAACGAAGAUAUCGAUCCUGAUGAGAAGUUCCUGAUUCUGACCGUGUUGGAAUCAACGGCGAUCGAUAUUAGUGAGAUUGAGGACGCGACCAUUCACGAUCAAGAGCUGACCCUCGUGAAGGAUAGCUUGCGCUCAGGAAUUUGGAAGUACCCGGAGAUCAAAGUGUACGAAACCUUCCAAAACGAACUUGGAUUGGUCGGAGAGCUCGUUGUCAGGGGCAACAAGAUGAUCGUUCCGUCAAGUUUGCGCAGGAGAUUCCUUGAACUGGGACAUGAGGGACAUCCAGGAGAAUCCGGAAUGAAGCGGAGGUUGAGAGACAGAGUAUGGUGGCCAGGAAUGGACAAGGUCAUCAAGAAAUGGAUUACUGAUUGUGAGGGCUGCCGACUAACAGGACUUCCGCAGAAACCAGAAGCGAUGCAACGAAGACCACUGCCCCUGGAAGCUUGGGUGGAUGUUGCCAUCGAUUUUCUUGGCCCGCUUCCUUCUGGGGAGUACCUCUUCGUAAUCGUUGACUACUUCAGCCGCUAUAAGGAAAUCGAAAUAAUGACCAAAAUCACAGCGAAGGAUACCGUUGAUCGACUUCGUGCCAUUUUCAAGCGGCUGGGGUUCCCGAGGACAAUCAGUCUCGACAAUGCGAAGCAGUUCUUGAGUUCGGAGUUCCGGGACUAUUGUAGGGAAUGCGGUAUAACCCUGAACUACACAACACCGUACUUCCCGCAGCAAAAUGGAGAGGUCGAAAGGCAAAACAGAUCAUUGCUGAAGCGGCUGCAGAUCAGCAACGCUUUGAAACGAGACUGGAAGCAGGACCUUGACGAGUACUUGACGAUGUACUACUCUACGCCGCAUUCCAUAACCGGAAAGACACCGUCGGAGUUGAUGCUGGGACGCACGAUUAGAACCAAACUUCCGUUCUUGAGGGAAAUUGAAACCGCUCCGCCAAACGAAGAGUUCUGUGAUCGCGAUGCUAUUGCGAAGAAACAUGCUUGUGACCGUGAGAACAUCAAGCGGAACGCGAGACCUUCGUCGAUUCAAGAAGGGGAUAAAGUGUUGAUGCAAAAUUUACUACCCGGAAACAAGCUCACGACAACCUACUCUCCGGUCGAGUAUACUGUUGUACGGAAAUCUGGUACACGUUGCACAGUACAGAGCGAGGAUAGUGGAACAACCUAUGAGCGAAACUCUUCGCAUCUGAAAAAGAUUCCAACUUCACUGCCAGCGGAAUCUGAACCACUCCGGGAAGAUUCUCCACCAGCACCAUUGGAUACCUCACCGAAGCCUGCUGAUAUCCCUAAUAUUCCGUCAAGGCCAAAGCGAGUUUGCAAACGUCCGCUGAAGUUUGAUGAUUACGUUGAUGUUCCGCUCGAUCAAUAAAGGAAGGGAGAUGUGGUACCCUGUGCGGGUUCAGGAGUGCGCUACGUGCAGGUGCACCCUGUGGACGAGCUGUCAGUCGAGGAGUUAAGGAAAAUCAAAUAACACGUGUGCUACUAACUACUGUAUACUAAAGUUCGAAUAAUAAACGAUU